AUGACUCCCUUCGAACUAAUGAUGGCUCGACCUCCACGGUAUCCAACUGUGUCCACACUAGAGAAGUUGUGUGAUGGUCUAUGUUCUCUGCCUGUUACUGAGUUACCCAAGCCACCGACAUUGGAAGUAGCCUCUGAACAGCGCAAGCUCCAGCGUGGAAAACUGCGUGAGGAAUUUCAACAUGUCUGGGAGAAUUUAAGAGAGCGUUCGAGGGUAGAACAGCAAUCUCGUGCUUCCAAGACUGUUGUCUCACCUCUAGCAGUUGGUGAUUUGGUAUUUUUAUCCAAGCCCCGUAAACAUAAAUUAGACGUGGGUUGGAAAGGUCCCUAUCGAGUGAAGGCCAUCCAGGGUGUUAAGGUUACUGUAGACAUGGACGGUAAGGACGUAGUUGACUCACUGUCGAAUGUGCUGAAGUUGAUACAUUCAAUUGAUUCGACUAGCCCUCCCAAACGGUCUGUAUUACCUUCUGGUUCUGUGGUCCUCUUCGGUGACUCUGAAGCUGGAUGG